AUGGGUUCUGCGACAGCAGCUCCAAACGCCGAAAAGGAUCAAGAGAUCCCCGACUGGAAUCUUACAGAAGUAGACCGCAUGCUCCUUCGCCAGACUGACGAGGAAUACGAGUCACACUCCUGGGACGAGCUAAAAUGGAUAAUCAAGGAAAACAGACUUGAACUCUUCAAGCGGCUCCCUUCGCAUCUCAGACGCUACAUCAACUGGUCCAAAGGAAUAAAAGAGCAGUACGGCGACAUCCUCAACUACAUCUGUCAGGAGCGUCUCGGCUGGGACCAGCAUGACUCCAAAGUCGCGUUCAAGAAUCCGAUCCCCUUUGCAAGCCCAUCUGACUAUUGUAUUCGCUUUAACGACUGGCCGUACGGGGUUGCACCGGGCAUCCGGCACCUGGUCGUCUGGCUGAAGACACCGUUUCCAGUGCACGAAGACGGAAAUCUGACCGCCGAAUCACGCGCGUGUAUCGAGACGUUUGUAUCGGCUACUUUUGUGCAGCGUUUGGCCAGAGAGGUCCAUGUGGAUGCGCCUGAGGAUCGCGUGUUGUGGUUCAAGAAUUGGGCGGCGUUGCAGAGCGUGUCGGCGCUGGAGCAUUUCCAUGUUAUGGUGCGGGAUGCAAGCGAGGAGGCCUUGAGGGAAUGGAUUGGGGAAGAUAAUAUGGUGAUGAUAUGUGAUGUGUCCAAGUGA